AUGUUCUUCGGUAAACCAUUAGCAUUAUUGUUAUCAGCCACCAGCUUAGUAGCUGCUCAAGACAUCGAAUUCCAACGUAUUGGUUUGGAUUUCAAGGUCAUGAUGCUUGGAGCUCCAAACACUGCUGCUGCUCCACUUACAAGUGAAGGAGAACCCAUUGAACUUGCUUUAUCUUAUCCAGACACUUUGAUAGUCAAUUUGGAUGCCGUGGAACAUUUCAUGGAACAUGAAUACCAAAAGACUUCUAUGAACGUCGAUGAAAAUGAAAUCAUUGCUUAUUUCUGGGCUAAGCUUGCCAAGUCCAAUGGGUUGGAUGAGGAAUGGAUAAGUAGAAACAACUACGAGUCUGAAAUUCCUCGUUACGAAGAACAAUCUUCGUUCAAGGACGUGUCCAGAUAUAUAUACGACAUUAUUAGAUGGUUUAAAUGA